AUGUCUGAAGAACUAUUACAAAAGUUUUUAACAUCAAUCGAGCAAGAAGACGGAAUCGUAGAAGCCGGAAAGAAGAAAAAGAACAAGAAUGCGGUGAGAAGAGAGAAUGUGAAGAACAUCCUCCAUGCAGCUUCAAAAGGACAAGUUCAACUCUCAGUCGAAGAGAGCUACAUCGUACAGAAGCCCAGCACUUCGAAAGGCUCCGAUUAUAUUGACGAUCGAUUGGCAUCGAAAGGAUUCUCUUUGAUCGAUCAAGCACGCUCAUUCAAGCCAAAAGAUCUCAAGAAGAGGAAUUUGAAGUACAUGAAAUUUCAAGAGGGUCGUCGUCUGGAUCCUAAAAAAGGACGAGUUUUAGUGCAAGCACAUAUGAAGACGAAAGCAGAUUUGAAAGGUCUUCGGAAAGAAAAACAAAAGGUCAUCGGAGUAAAAGAGCCACGUCGUCUGUUGCCGGGCCAAAAGAAGAAGGAGAAGAACAAGAGUGUGUUCAGUGAUGCGGAUUUCGCUCAAGUCGCCCACGUUGCCAAGAGAAUCAACUCGAUGUCGGAUCACUCAUUCCUCUAA